AUGGCAAGAUCUUGGUUUAAUUUUUUGCGCAUUUCAAGUGAUGCUUUCACUACUGUACAGGUGAUUUUAUACAGAUCAGGGUUGGUGACUGCUGGCUCAUCAUUUGUUAUUGCUGCUUCAAUAGCUUUUCUCCCUGAUGACUCUUUAUUGCAUGAUUUAAUUAAGCAAAACCUUGACUUAUUUUAUGCACUUGGAGCUGGUGGAUUAGGCUUAUCGUUGUAUUUAAUUCACAUCUAUGUUACUGAGAUUAAGCGCACUCUUCAAGCGUUGUGGGCACUUGGAGUUCUUGGAUCUGUAGCAACAUACAUGAUCCUUGCUCAACCAGCUCAUGAGGACUUAAUACAAUAUGUUCUUGAGAACCCAACAGCUGUAUGGUUUGUCGGUCCACUCUUUGCUGCUCUGACGGGACUUGUAUUUAAGGAAGGCCUUUGCUAUGGGAAGUUCGAAGCUGGUCUUCUCACGUUCGUCAUUCCCUCUGUUCUGCUGGGGCACCUGGUGAUUUUAUACAGAUCAGGGUUGGUGACUGCUGGCUCAUCAUUUGUUAUUGCUGCUUCAAUAGCUUUUCUCCCUGAUGACUCUUUAUUGCAUGAUUUAAUUAAGCAAAACCUUGACUUAUUUUAUGCACUUGGAGCUGGUGGAUUAGGCUUAUCGUUGUAUUUAAUUCACAUCUAUGUUACUGAGAUUAAGCGCACUCUUCAAGCGUUGUGGGCACUUGGAGUUCUUGGAUCUGUAGCAACAUACAUGAUCCUUGCUCAACCAGCUCAUGAGGACUUAAUACAAUAUGUUCUUGAGAACCCAACAGCUGUAUGGUUUGUCGGUCCACUCUUUGCUGCUCUGACGGGACUUGUAUUUAAGGAAGGCCUUUGCUAUGGGAAGUUCGAAGCUGGUCUUCUCACGUUCGUCAUUCCCUCUGUUCUGCUGGGGCACCUGACUGGUUUGAUGGAUGAUGGAGUAAAAGUUACUUUGUUGGGUGUGUGGAUGGCACUCUUUCUGAUAUUUGCUGGACGAAAGUUCACUCAGCCUAUCAAGGUAGUGUACAAGGAACAGUAUCAUUUACUACUUCAUAUUCUGCUCCCCAUUUGCUGGCCAAGCCAAACCUGAUCUUAUUAUUACAUUUCUCUCAGCUUCAUUUUCAGCUGGUUAAGUGGAAUUGUGGACCCGUCCUAUAUACCUUUUCUUUUCUAAAUUGCUUUUGUUGGUAACUUAGAAAUUUUUACUCCAUUGUUUUAGAUCUUUGUGAGGUCUUGUAUCCUUCUGGGCCUUAGAAAAUUCUUCAUUAAUUUUAGCACAAUGCAAAAAAAAAAUAGAUACUAGAAGAAUAUGAAUGGCAUUUUUUAAGAAAUACUGAUUGUUUAGGUGACAGUUUU